AUGGCGUUCUACGACCCGGCCGACACCCUCGGCACCGCUCUCCACGUAAUCGCCACCGAACGAGAUGCCUUGAGUCACCUUGAAAGCCUGUACCGCAGCGAUGCGCAGGCACAGCGCGAUCUCGAGCGCGCCGUGCACCAGCUGGUACAAACCAUCAAGCGAGGCGGCAAACUGGUGAUUUGCGGCGUCGGGAAGAGCGGCAAGAUUGGACGCAAGCUCGAGGCGACGAUGAAUAGCGUGGGCAUACACAGCGUGUUUUUGCAUCCGACGGAGGCGCUGCAUGGAGAUUUGGGCGUGAUCAGGGCUGUUCGUUUCCCGAAGAUGAAGAUUUAUGUUGAAGUAACUGACAAUGGCAUCCAGAUUGAUACCCUCCUGUUGAUAUCCUUCUCCGGCCGCACCGCCGAACUACUCCUGAUGCUGCCUCAUAUCCCUCGCACUGUGGCUGUCAUCGCCAUCACAGCGCACUCGCAUCCUGCGUCAUGUCCGCUGCUGUCGUACAAUACGCCGGACAUGACCAUGCUACUGCCAGCGCCGUUGCACAUUGACGAAGAAACCUCGUUUGGCCUGUCCGCGCCCACCAGCUCGACCACUGUGGCUCUGGCUCUAGGUGACGCUCUCGCUCUCGCUACAGCGCGGAAUCUACACACUUUGCCGGGCCAGGGACCUUCGGAGGUGUUUAAGGGGUUUCAUCCGGGGGGAGCCAUUGGUGCUGCCGUCGCUGCUGCUGCUGCCGCAGGGUCGGCUAUAUCAACACCAAAGUCUUCGACUUCUUCGUCUUUGUCGUUGUCAUUAUCAUGUCCCUCGACAAACGUGACUUCACCCAGUCUGCCAUCCCUCGACGCUCCCACAAAACUCAGUCUCGAUGAGCCUGCCCAAAAAGACACACCAACCAUAUCCGACUUUCUCGUCCCUGUCGACGCGAUUCCCACAGUCUCUGCUGGUAGCAGCAGCAGCAGCAGCAGCAAUAAUAAUAACAACCAAAUCCCUUCCUCCGUUCGCCUUCUCGACAUCCUCCUCACCGCAAUCCAACAUCCCCCCGCAAAAUCAUGGGUGAGGCUUUCUCCUACCGAGAUCAUUCCUCCACGGCGCGUCCGCUCGCUGGUCACCAAUACUACUUCUAAUAACACAUCACGAGAUGUAAACAUCAACAUCGACACCCCGCUCUGCGAACUUGCUGAACCGGCAUCCAUCCCUGCUGAGCAGUGGCUGCCCGUUCGCGCGUCGAGUUCGGUUGACGAUGUGAGGAUGUGGAUUGAGCAGGCCGUGAACAACAACAACAAGUCAGCUUCGUCGAUGACGUUACCGUCGUUUGAUAAUGCUGAUGACGUUGUUGUUAGUGUAGUCGAUGACAUGGACGAGGAUAAGAUUGUGGGGUUUGUGUCGGCAGAGGAGAUCUGGUCGGCUUCGGUGAAUUUAUAA